UGUAAUGGAGUUAUACAAAUGCUAAUUAUUUACAGGUAAACAAUGGCUGAAGUUCAUACAAAACUGUAUCGCAUCGCUGCAGUGUCACGAAAACUGUCCUCAUGAGGUGAAAUAUUCCGAUGCAAUCAUUGUCAUUUACAUUCGGCUGCUAGCGGGUACGAAAAUAUUGCAUGAUGAUACUCUGAGGACCGGAGACAAGGGUAACUAGAUAAACACCAGACAUGUGGUUCCUGAUUGGAGCUGACCAUUGAUUUUCUCCUUGACUGCGAGCCCAGGAAAAUGACAGAUUCUAAAAAGCUAGCUGCUGUGAAAGGAGAAGUAGAAUCACCAGUCAAAAAGGAUAAAACACUAGAUCUGAUAGAGGACAAAGAUGAUUUCAUUCACCGUUUUCGUACACUCUACAACUCGGAGAUCUUCAGUGACAUUGUACUCGUAGUUGGGGACACCAGGUUCUAUGCUCACAAAAUUCUGCUUGUCACAGCAAGUGAAGUUUUCGAAGCUAUGCUGAGCGAAGCAAGAUGGCAGGAAUCCAGCCAAAAUGAAGUGUGUCUUACAGAGGAUGAAGAUUGUGUGUCUGUGUUCCCAGACUUUCUCAAAUACAUCUACUGUGGUUCAGUGGAGCUGACAACAUCAAUGGUCCACAAGUUACUGAUCCUAGCUGACAAGUAUGGUAUACAUGUUCUGCACAAAACCUGUGUGGAGUACAUGUCGCGUCACAUCGUCACCUCACCAGACACUAAUCGCACUCUAACCUGGUACCACUACGCCAAGAUAACGAACGGCCAGCACUUACAGGAGAAGUGCUUAGCCUUCAUCCUGUCAAACUUCAGCAUCAUCCAGAAGGCUCCUGACUGGUUAGAUUUAACUCCAUCAGUCAUGGUGGAAUUUCUGCAGAGCUCAGAAAUGGUUGUGGAAAGUGAGUUUCAACUGUGGAUGGAGGUUCAGCGAUGGAUAAAGGCAGUGGAAGAUCCAGACAUUGUGUUAGAGAAGUUAAAAGCAGUUUUGCCUCAUAUGAGGUUCAGCAUGAUGACACCAGCUGACCUACUCAAGAUGGAGAAUUCAGAUUUGUAUAAUGAACACACUGAGUUGUUCGGAAACCGACUGAUGAGGGCUUACCGAGGCCAUUCAUUGCACAGCAGUGAUUUAAUGAGUCACACACGUGAGGAGCCCUAUCGUAAUUACUACCACAAAUUGUACAGUAUUUGUGAUGACCUGAAGCUCCGUAAUUACAUAGAGACACCCAAGACUGAAAGCCAGCUGGUUGCCAGUAUGGUAGUGCCGAUACAUCUAAAGCCUUUCCCUGUACAGAUAAAGGAUGACGACUCUCUGUCCUUCGAUGUGGCCUUUUAUCCUCAAGGAUUCUACCAGGCACACCCACUCUAUGGAAUGUACAUGUCACGUCAGAGUGACGAAACAGUGUUGAAUGUCUCCCGAAUCUGUACCUCAUCACAGCACAUUGUCGACGUCGACAUCACCUUUGUGAUCUAUGCCUACCGAGACAAUAUGAAGUACAUUGCCCACAGCCGUACGGUAUCCCACCAGUUCAGCAACAAAUCUCGGCAUGGUAAGGUAGAAAAUGUGAUCUCUGUGGAGAACUUGAAAUCUAAAAAAUCACCAUAUCUAGUCGGAAAAAGCUUUGAGUCAAAAAUAUUUUUGAAGAUUCAAAACAUUCAACUCGAAGAAAAGAAGGAGAAGAAAGAGUAACAACUAGUGAACCAGUGCUUGCUUUCCAUGUUAACAUUAAUCAUGAAACCUUUUAAGGUUAAUUUGAUAAAGCUUGAACGUAGUCAUGUAUAUACAUAUUUGUGUGUACAGUAUUUAUUUACGCCAUCUAAAAACUGGGUAAAUAUCAAUAAGUAAAAUAGUGAAAGUCAAUAGCUUUCAUACAUACAUUUCUACUGGUUUAUCUUUGUUUUCACAGACUAGCUAGUAUAAGGUGGUUUUUGAAAACAGAAAUAUCACAAAUUUUAAGAACACUUCUGAUGAUUAAUUCAAGCUUAGGAUUUUUCCUGAAAAGAAUUACUUCCCUUUAACGUUUUACUACUACAUGCAUGGAUGUAUCAUCUAAAAAAGUAUUUCUUCAUCUGUGGAACUCGAAAACCUAUUAUGUUCAAACGUCAGUGCUGUACAAUGUGACACUAGCUGUACACUGUACAUAUAAUAUGUGAUUGAAGCAUUAACUGGUACAUUGCGAGUCAUUUCCAACUGAAAUUUUUCUAUAUAUCAGUAAUACAGAACAAGAGAUUCAAGGGAGACAAUUCAAGAAUGAAAUAGGUUGAUCUUUGAGAUAACAUUAAAUACUAAAGAUCAAACCACGAUAUGUGUUGCUUCUUUGCACCACAUUUAUAAUUAAUGAUAUGUAAAAUGUCUGCCUUUUACGUUUGGAAUGAUGUCAUAUGUAACCAUUGUCUGAGACUGAUGAUUCUCCUAAAGAUUUACUAAAUCAUUUUGCAAUUUAAAUGAAGUAUUUAGCUAAAAGUUGUAAAGUUUUAAUAGACAUUAAACCAGUAUCCAACUGAAAAAUUUCAGUUGGUUUUUUAGGUCACCUGAGCUUUAGCUCAAGUGACCUAUUGCUAUCUGUCUUCGUCCGUCGUCGUGC